CCAAAAAUGCAAAUUUUCUUAGAUAUGCAUAGACAAAACAUCUGACUUCAGGAAAACAAGAAUAGUCCCACUUGAAGUAUAAAAUUAUUCAUUCCGUGAAACAUGAAAUUCACGUUGAACCUAUACAGUUUUUGUGUUUCUUUUAACAUUAAUAAUUUAGACAAUUAGUUCGGGAAUAAUGUUUACAAAUGUCUCAACAGAAAAGUAAAAAAUUUUGAAAUGUAUGACUGCUUCAACAUGGCAUAUCAAGAUAAAACAAAUGCCUUGCAGUUGAACAUUAAAGUAAAUAGUGAAAACUUAAUACCAAUUUCACAAAGAUACAAUGCAGGAUCGUUGCGGAUACCAGCUGAUCCUUCCUGGCCGAAAAUACCACAGAGAAAAUUAGCCGAUGAUGUUAACGAUACCAUUGAACCUCCAUGUAUAAUCACUUUUACUGGGACACCUAGAAAGAGCCGCACUGUGGUUCAAACACCACUAAAUCAAUCACCUAAAUCUACAAUAACCAGAGAUAGUGCAUAUUCAUCCUUUCAUUGCCAAAGAGUUACCUCAAGUAUGCACACUUUAAAACGACAGCCUGGUUUCGUUGAUCCUCGUUUUAAAAAAGUAACCAAUACUAAAAGGAAUCACGUUACACCAACUGAAUCAUUAGAGAAGAAAACGAACCAUUCUGACCUCACUAACUCUAUAGAACCUUUGCAUAAUGGAGAAUUAGUGGAGACAGUACCUGAGAGGGACAUUAAUGUGCAACAAAUGAAAAUACAGGAAACGGCAAACUCUCGCGGAACAGAAAAAGCUGAAGAGAUUAAGACAGAAACGUUUCAUAAAAGUAAUUGCGUUCAGAAUUCCAAGGAAGAUAACAUAGUUAAUAUCAAUAAAGAAACAAUUUUAGAACAAAAGAGUUGUGUAGAUAGUUCAGAAUUUAAAAAUUUGACUAACACUUCAAGAUCAACAAUGAAUGAUGUAAAAACACAGGUGGAUGUAAAUCCAUUACCAAUGCAAGAAAAUAAUGGACAGUUAUUUUAUGUGUUAGACAAGAAACUUCAACCGCAUCCAUUAAAUGCGAUACACGUUGAUACGAUCACAUUACCUCAAGAAUAUCUAAAACAAUGUUACAAUUUACAAGUUCCAGUUCUAACUUAUCAAAACAUACCGUUGCAAAUACCUACUAUAGGAACAAAUAAUAUUCUGCAACCGUGUUUGAGUAAUUUAGAACAAAGAAACCAAACUGAAACUGUAUCUUUAAUAAAAAAAGAAGCAGAACAAUCUUUGCAUUCCUCUAAUACAGAAUCCUUGAAACACAUAAUUCCAGACCAAAUGCAAAAUAUGAAUACACCUCUCAGUAAUGGUAGUAAUUAUCCUGAAAAUGUAUUUCCAGAUGCUGGAAAUAAAACUACCGAAGAGAAAAAUGUCUGUGCCAUUGAGAAGGAAAACAAAUUAAAAGUACAAAAUACAGUAUCUGAUAGAAGUAGAGAAAACUGUUUAAAACUAAAUGGUAGCAUUACCAAUAUUUCAGUGAAUCCAAAUAUACCCGAAAAAUUAGAAAACACGCGAUCUCAGCGAAAACAACAAGAAUCUAGCGAUUCCGAGUACUAUGUUCCCAGUAUUGUUAAAAGAAAUAUACAUAAUAAUAUUUUUCAAAAUACGAAGAAAACUGUAUGCAUCACUAGUGGCGAAGAAACGACAGAUUCAGAAUUUAUUCCAAAAAAAAGUAUCCAGAGGAAGGAGUUUAAUGGUAUCAGUAAAUCUACAAUAAAAACUAACAGGAUUAACAUGAACUGUGAUCAAAAGAAUGUCAUAUUAACUGAAAAAAAUCAUCCUCAGUCAGUGCCUCGUUCAAAAGAACAUAAACCAUCUAUGUAUCAAGUAGCAGCAAGAAAUAAAUCUGAACAAAAUUUGUCUUGCAUAAAAAAUGAUUGUACAAAAAAGCUCUGCCGGAGUUCCGAACCGCAUAUCACUUUUAAACAAAAAAAGGCAUCAGCAAAAUUUUCUAGAAAAGCAAAAUCUUAUUUUCAAAAGAAUUCUCACUCUGCAUUGGUAGAUUCCGACUAUACUUUAGUGUGGCCUAAUUGUCAAUAUAAUAAACAUAAAUGUAGCCAAAUGAACAUCCGCAAAUUUAAUAAUCACAGGAUGAGAAAGAUUGGUCUUCAUUCUAAUGUCAAGUUACCCAUACAUGAGAAGAAUGGAAAUGCACAAAUCGAAAGUAAUUUAAAUUUGAACGAGCAAAGUUAUUUGCAAAAUGUUGAUGGGAUUGAUUCAGGUCAGGAAGUGAUCAGGAGUCUAUCAAAAACAGGCUUAAAAAAUAAUAAAUGUAAAUGUGAAAUUUCUCCUAGAUCGAAUGGUACAAUUGAAAGUCCAAAAGGCAUUUCUCCUAAGACCCAAGAAUUAUUGAAUAAAAGUUAUUGGGAGUAUUAUAACAGAUUAAGACACAAAAUAAAAAAUACAGGGACCGUGGAGCAACAUCUCUAUCAACUAACAAUAGAUGGACCAAAAACUAAGAAGGGAGAAGCAGAUGAAACAUAUGAUAAAGAAUUACGAAAUCAAUUAAAACUGAAUCCAGAACUUCAAACACUACAACACUGUACAGCUCUUUCUAGCAUGAUCAAUAAAGCACUAGAUUCAAAUCAUCAAUCAGAUAUUGUGGAGACAACCCGGUUACAUUGUAAUGGAAACAUGAAAUCAUUGUCAGACCCUAUGGCUAAUACUCACAGUGUUGGUGCAAAUAAUAUGAUGUCAAAUUUUAUUAACGAUGAACCCUUACUUAAUAAACUGAGAUCUAAACAAACUAAAGAAAAUGACAAACAAUUUCUGGAACUUAAAUCUAUCAUUUUUUUUGGUGGUAUGAUGUACAUCUUAAUAAUAUUCCUACCAAUGUUGUACGAAUAUUUUUAUCACGAAGAAUACGACGAUUACGAAAAUUUAGGUUAUCUGGAAUUUAUUGUGGAUUAUGUGUUAUCAUCAUUUAACGAAGCAUUUGGUGGUAUUUUCGCUGGUGUAAAACAAAUUUUUUUCUAUCCACAUGCAUGUAAGAAAUGCAACAAUAUCGCAUAAAUUAACGACGAGCGCACAUCAUGUACGAGCUUCAAAAUGUUUUACUAUGGUUUGUUCUUUAUUGAUUGAUAUUUGUUUUGUAACAGACAAGUAUUUUUGUAAUUGAUUCUGCAUUCUCGCAUAUUUGUAUACUAUAUGGGUGUUUACAAUUAAAACUUUAUUCGAGGA